AUGAAUAAAACAAUUAAAAGUGGUGUGCGGGAGUUAUUGUUCCGUAUGAUUUCCAAAUUUCAAGAACAAAAAGAAGAAAAUGAUGCUGUUUUUGAAGAAAAACAGGGUUGUUUACGCAUAAUAUUAAAUUUUUUUGAGAAUUUGGAGGAUGUUGCAGGGGUAAAUAAAAUAGUUGAAAUUAUCAAAAAACUUACUGAUUUGGAGCAGAAAAACAGAUUAACAAAUCAAAAUCAAUACCUAGAAAAAAUAGCUUCACUCACUGGUAACUUUACUAUUAAGAUAAUUUGGAAAGUUUUAUUAUCAAUGUUGGAGAUAGUGAUUCCAGUGACUCUGAUAAUGAAUCCCUACAUAUGGAAUUCUUAG